AUGGCUACACCAGCCAAAGCUGAGGCGAGCACUACACUCUCCCUCGCAAAGAUUUUGGACGAGGAGCUGGCCCCACCAUCAGAGGAUCAGCCAAUGGCGGGUGCUGAAGAAGGGAGUGAGGGAGAAGAGACUGUUGCGAAGCACGGAUUUUGUGUCGAGUGCGAGGACCAGCCUGCACAGGUGCACUGCGAGAACUGCGAGGACGACUACUGUGAAGUGUGUUAUCAUGCACAGCACCGGAAAGGCAGUCGCAAGCGCCACGCCUCGACGCCAUUCGACCAACCUCCAGCGAAGCGAAAGAAGACUGCUGGCGUGGUUGUGAAUGGGAGUAAUGGCGUUGCUGCUGGGAUCGGGGGAGCGAAGACGGAGGAUGUCCCGGAUGUGGAUGACGAAGCAGAAGCAGAGGACGAGAUGUCGACGGAUAUGACACCGAUGGGCACCGACCUGCUCCCAGCACCCGUUGCCAACCCUAAAGAGGCAGGGGACUACUACCUCCAGCGAGCGCGAUUCAUCCCCGUCCGACUUACGUUGGGUGAACGCAAGUACCUACGACUGCUCGAGGCUGCACUAUCCGUCAGCGAGUACACCGACCGAGUGGACAUUCUCAGUUUCUCUUCCUCCAAAGUGCAGCGCAUACACCAGCAGAUCAAGGAGUUAUGUUCGAUCCUAUCCGGUCUGCUGCUGGCAGCGGACUACAAGCAAGGCCAAGAACUCUUCACGGACCGCGAUUUCGCCCAGAACGAACAAUGGUUCCAAGACGUGUUUGAGCUCGGGAGGAGAUUCAAGAUCAUGAAUCCGGAUAAGAUGAGGGGUACAUAUGGGAAACUGAUGUACCUGCUUAUGGACGCUCAGAACCCGCAGACCGUGUAUACUGUUCUCGAGGAAGGAGGCGCUCUAGACCUACUGAAGGAUGAUCUUAUCUCGCUUGCCACGCGAGAGAUCGUUGCCGGCAACCGACCGCGUUAUGAGAUCCAACGAGAGAUCAAGUCCAAGGAGCGCGCGAUCGAAGCCCUCGCAGCACGCUACUCUGGUCCACGUUCUGGCGGACACAUAUCCCAGGAGACGAUCAAACAGUGCCUAUACUCGAUUGGGGACAACCACGCGUUCCUCCGCGUGAACCGUGAUCCAUGCGAGAUCAUGAUCGGCUACUUGAAGAAGUCCUUCGAUGUGCGCGAUGCGAAGGGGGAGCAUGCGAGUUUGGCUAUCAGGAUCGGCAAACAGGGCGCGAGGCUCAGUCAUGAUCAUGCUAAGCAGUACGCGUAUGUGCUCCAGAGCCUCACUCUCUGGAGGGAAAUCUUGCAUGAUAUGUUCCGCUUGUGGUCCUUCGCCGAAGACGACCUGCUCGCAGCGAGCUCUCCAUAUCGGCUACGUGACACCGGCCAAGGUCUGAACCGAGUUCAGCCUGCACCUAAAACGUCCCGCCUGAUGCAUGCCAUCCUGCACAAAGCGCAACAGAAUAUCGGCUCCUGGGUCGGCUCCUCCGUCAUCCACAUGGGCGACCACAACGUCCCCAAUUCGCUGCUCUUCAUCGACAAGUACAGCCAGAUUUACCGAAUAUUGCUUCCCAUCUCCAAUGUUUUACAGCAUAUUCCCAAGCUAUUUAACGAGAACGGCAACCUCAGGGAUUAUGCGGAGAGCGAGUAUGGUGGGGUGGACAAGCUUGUGAGGGAGAUAUUGUGUGAUUUCUUCCGGCACGCGUUUGAUGGAUCUGGGGCUGACUCCUAUUUCGAUGCCGGCUCCUGCAUCGAUGGCCGUCUUACGAGCGCGUGGAACUGGUGCAGCAACAUCGAGAAGAAACGAUAUUUUCCUGUGUUCCUCCUGUGUGGUUUCGUUGGGUUUGAUGGGCAUUGGUAA